CUAAUAAUGCAAUACGUUGCACUUUGUCACAUGUUUUUGAACAUCAUUUGAUUUAAUUUUAAUUUAAAAAUUAAUUUUGAAAGGAAAUUGUGCUUACUAUGUGCAUUUGAGGCAAAUCAAAUGCAAAAAGUGCAUAAAUCUUUAUGAUUCGCAAAAGGUUUAGAUAUAGACUCUCUAAUGUUCGGAGUACAUGAUUUGGCACUGUCUUCAGAGCCGAACUACUUUAUUAAUGAAUCCACUUUUAUGGCUCAUGGACACGCACACGUUUGUUGAAUUAGUGUGACGUUAUAUAUCAGGACCCGUUUAAAAGCAGCUUAAACCAGCUGGACUGUGAACACAGAGCAUCUUCAACCAACUCAGAAAGAGCAGCAACAGCAAUUCAGAUGAACUAAAAACAUGAAACGAGAAUAAAGAAACGUAUCACUAUGGUUAUAUAGACUCAACUGUCCCGGCCAAUCGCAGCGAGGUGAGAGCAGGUAGUUUCCUUCAUACAAAAAGGAAGUUGUAACUGACAAUUUCAUUUAAGGUUUUAGUUGCCUGUGCCAUGCACUUUAAUUGAUACACCAAAGUAAAACACUCCAGAAACCUCACGCUCCAACAAUUACUGGAAAAAAGUGCACGGCUAUAACCAUGACGUUACAUCUUUGUUAAAAUAAAAUAACAUUUGUACUGCUAUGAUAAUUCAUUGUUCCUCUCAACCCAGACAGGUUCCCCAUUUACUCUGCACCACAAGAGCGGAUUUAAUCGAUCCAAUUAAAAAGGAAAUUAGCACAAACAGUGGUCAUGGAUCUUGGGAACAUGUCUGUUCAACCCCACUGCACGGUGGACAAUGGCUAUCGUUUCACCUACUUAAAGAUCUCCUACAGCAUGAUCUUCAUCUUUGGCGUGGUCAGCAACACCAUGGCGCUGCGCCGGUUUUGCCACAUGCCUCGAACCCUCACCAGCACUGCCGUCUACAUGGCCAACCUUGCCGCUGCUGAUAUCUUCUUUGUAAUCUCCCUCCCGUUGCGCAUCUAUUACCAUCAUAACAAAGCCGCCGCCACCUCCAACCGCACCACUGACUGGUCUCCAGGAGGCGUCUUCUGUCAAGCGACCUUCACCUUAAAAUACAUCAGCCUGUAUGGAGGAAUCUUCUUUCUGGUGUGCAUCGGUGUGGACCGCUACUUUGCUGUCGUGCACCCUCUGCUGCAGCACCUGAGGAGGGUUCGAACUGCCCGCAUGCUCAGCACCUGCAUCUGGUGCCUGGUUCUAGCUCUUAGCGUGUCUCUGCCUUUCCUGAGGUCAGCCGCAUCCCGACAGAACAAGCCCUGCCUUCCAGAUCCUUCUUCCAGACGGAACCGUACCAUAAUUCUAGCCGCUCUCGGGUUGGUUCAAAUUGCCUACCUGUUACCUGCACUACUGUUGCUUUUUAGCUAUUGCAGCAUACUGCGCAGGUUGCCACGGCGACGGAAGAUCUGUCAUCGCCGUACUCUCACCAUAAUCUACUGGGUACUAGGGGUCUUUUUUCUUUGUUUUACCCCUUAUCACCUUAAUCUACUGGGUUACACACUCACACAGGUGGGCCUUGUGCACAGUUGCGGCCUGGCACGAGUCACUAAAACUCUGCAUCCUGUGGUUCUCUCAUUGGCCAGCACCAAUUGCUGCCUCAACCCCCUGAUAUACUACUUUUCUAGCACCCUGGUGCACAGAGAGGGAAUCGGCAAACGGGAAAAUGGAAGUCUACAGCUUUCUUAAUGCUCAAUAACGGCAGAUUAUUAAAACUUGCGAUGAGCAACAGCCCUCAACACAUUAACUUCCAGUGUAUUUAGGGUAUAUAUUUUAUGUAAAGCAGAAUGUUAAAUUCCAUUCGGAACUACAUCUGACUGAAGCUGACGUUAGAAGACCAACUGUUUAAAAUAAUUUAUUUAAAAAUGAGAAGGGCAACAUUUGGU